CCCUAGACGCGUUCCUCUAUUUGGAGCCAGGGGUACUGGUCGGUGGGGCUCGUCCACACCCUCUCCUGCCCAGCACCUCCGAAAAAUAUUAGGCCUAAGCUCGAAUCCGCACUCGCACUCGCAAUAGCAAUAGCAAUCGCAAUCGCAAUCGCCAACGCCGUCGCUCUCCGCUGCAUUUUCGGGGCAACUUCCGUUUCCUCACGCACGCACACUUGCCACUUGCCACUUGCAGCGACGCAUCCUUUUUACGCAACGGUAGUAGUGCAGCGGCAAAGCGCCAAAAAUUUUUGGGGGUUGCAACAACGGCGAGAGGCCGAGAACGAGGACGAGUUCGAGUUCGAGUGCGUCGAGCAGACCGACGAUGGACGAAGGACGAAGGACGAGCAAAGCCGAUUCCGAUUUUGAGCUCGAGGAGAGCCAAAACGCAGCGCAGGAGCAAAGGAAUGCGGUGCCGUUAGCCGGCGUUUUUUGGCGCCUACAGCUCGCCGUUUUCAGCCAUUUUCAACGGGCUCGCCUCUGCCUCUGCUUCUGCUUCGGUCGUUACCGUUGACGUUGUGUUGUCGUUGUCGUUGUCGUUGUCUCUGCCGUCGGUUCUCAGCCAAGCCGCGCUGCCUCCGUCGCAUUUUCCUUUCGCAGCGCCGGCAGAGCAGUUCGCGAACUAUUCGCAACUUCGUCGCGAACUCAGUCGCAGCCUGAGAGCAACAACUACAAAGCAGUAGCAGUAGCAGUUGCUGCUGAUGUUGCUGUUGCUGUUGCUGCCGCUUCUGCUGUUGCCGUUGCCAUUGCUAUUGCUGUUGCUGCAACAUCAACGCUGCCCCUCAACGGCCCUCAGCUUUCCACAGGCACAGGCACACAGGCACAGCACAGCACAGCCACACAUCCACAUCCACUUCGUCGUGGGCCAUCGUCGUCGUCGUGUGUUAAGUUUGUUUUGAGUUUUUCCGUAUCAAAAUGUGCAAAACGAUUUCAGUCUAAUUCAGACGCUCGUGCUGAGAAGACUUUUGGCCCUGUUUGUUGGCCAAUACAGCCAUAGAACAUUGAAACCGAAACAGAAACCGAAACAGAAACACAAACGGAACUGAAGGCACACACUCAAUACUGAACACUGAACACUGGACACGACGACGAGAACCGAAUCGAACUGAAAGAACGAGGCGGGCUAAUUGCCAAAUGGCCACGUAGUGCGCGUAACGUAACGAAUACGUUAAACACCCAUACACACACGCCCAAAGCACACGCACACAUAGACAGGCACGCACACAGAUACUCACAUGUACAUGCCCACUCUCAGUUGAGCGUCGUAAUUGUCGCGGAUUUUUCGAAUUGUCGAAUGCCUUCUUAAGCGCUAUGUGAAGAGCGAGUCGCGUAACGAUUAACGAUCGCGUAACGCUUACGAUCGCCGGUGAUCAACGAUCCACGAUCAGCUGUAAACAAAAUGGCGUCGACGCAGGCGGAAACGAGUGUCGGCUUGGCGCCCGAACAGGGACCAGUGGCUCAGAGGCAGCGCAAAGGUCCGGGAUCGGGCGGUGGUUCGCCCAAAAGCAACAGGAGCUCGCCCACUCAGCAGGAGGAGAAGCGUACGAAGAGCGAGGAUCGCACCUCUCCCACUGGCGGAGCCAAGGACGAAGACAAGGAGAGUCAAGGUCAUGCUGGAGCCGGAGGGGCAGGAUCUUCGCCCGUGAGUUCGCCACAGGGCAUGAGCUCGUCGGUGGCCUCGCCCAGUUCCACCUCCCAGCAGUUCUGCCUGCGCUGGAACAACUAUCAGACGAACCUGACCACCAUCUUCGACCAGCUGCUCCAGAACGAGUGCUUCGUGGACGUGACCUUGGCCUGCGAUGGUCGCUCCAUGAAGGCGCACAAGAUGGUCCUGUCCGCCUGCUCGCCCUACUUCCAAACGCUUCUGGCCGAAACGCCCUGCCAGCAUCCCAUUGUUAUCAUGAGGGACGUGAGCUGGUCAGAUCUCAAGGCCAUUGUGGAGUUCAUGUACCGCGGCGAGAUCAACGUGAGCCAGGACCAGAUAGGUCCUCUGCUCCGGAUAGCUGAGAUGCUGAAAGUGCGCGGUCUGGCGGAUGUGACCCACAUGGAGGCGGCCACGGCAGCCGCGGCUGCCGCUUCCUCGGAGCGAAUGCCCUCCUCCCCCAAGGAGAGUACGUCCACUUCCAGAACUGAGCAAGAGCGGGAACGGGAGGCCGAGGAGCUACUGGCCUUCAUGCAGCCCGAGAAGAAGCUACGCACUUCGGACUGGGAUCCCGCCGAGCUGAGGCUUUCCCCACUAGAGCGCCAGCAGGGCAGAAAUGUGAGAAAGCGCCGCUGGCCCUCGGCGGACACCAUAUUCAAUCCACCCGCACCACCCAGUCCACUGAGCAGCCUGAUAGCCGCCGAAAGGAUGGAGCUGGAGCAAAAAGAAAGAGAGAGACAGAGGGACUGUUCGCUGAUGACACCACCACCCAAGCCACCACUGAGCACUGGCUCCGCUGUGGGAGCCUCGAGGCGCUUGGAGACCGCCAUCCACGCCCUGGACAUGCCUUCGCCGGCAGCCACGCCAGGACCCCUCUCCCGAUCCUCGAGACCCCACUCGCAGAGUCCCCAGCAGCAGCAGACACAGCAGCAGAGUCAGCUCCCUUUGCCGCUGCCCCUUCAUCCGCACCACCACUCAUCGCCCGCCCCACAUCCCUCCCAGACCGCCGGAUCAGCCCACCAUCCGCCAUCGCCGGCUGGAGACUCCCGCUUUCCCCUCGGACCCGCUGCCGCCAUGGCCGCUGCCAUGGAACUCAGUGGCCUCGGUCCCGGUCCGCCCGCUGAGCCACGCCUUCCUCCUCCACCGCCGCACCACCAUGGUGGUGGUGGAGUGGGUGGCGGGGGAGUAGGCGGCGCAGGUGCAGGCGGAGUGGGUUCAGGCGGCGGAUCCUCGCUCGCCGAUGACAUGGAGAUCAAGCCAGGGAUCGCGGAAAUGAUCCGAGAGGAAGAAAGGGCCAAAAUGAUGGAGAACUCGCACGCCUGGAUGGGCGCCACCGGAUCGACGCUGGCAGCAGACAGCUACCAGUACCAGCUGCAGUCCAUGUGGCAGAAGUGCUGGAACACCAACCAGAACCUGAUGCACCACAUGCGCUUCCGGGAGCGAGGCCCGCUGAAGUCCUGGCGACCCGAGACCAUGGCGGAGGCCAUUUUCAGUGUGCUGAAGGAGGGCCUCUCCCUGUCGCAGGCCGCCCGCAAGUACGACAUCCCGUAUCCCACAUUCGUGCUCUAUGCCAACCGGGUGCACAAUAUGCUGGGGCCCUCCAUCGACGGCGGCCCGGACUUGCGGCCCAAGGGGCGUGGCAGGCCGCAGAGAAUCCUUCUGGGCAUCUGGCCCGAUGAGCACAUUAAGGGCGUCAUCAAGACGGUGGUCUUUCGAGACACCAAGGACAUCAAGGACGAAAGCCUGGCCGCCCACAUGCCACCCUACGGUCGACAUUCGCCCGCGUUUCCCUUGCAGGACCUCCCUCUCAGCUAUCCCGGAGCAAGUGGCGCCUUGGCAGGGACGCCCAGCUCCAUGGCCUGUCCCAAUGGCAGUGGACCGCAGACCGGAGUUGGCGUAGCCGGAGACCAGCACAUGUCGCAGGAAACGGCCGCCGCGGUGGCCGCCGUGGCGCACAACAUCCGCCAGCAGAUGCAAAUGGCAGCGGUUCCGCCCGGCUUAUUCAAUCUGCCGCCGCAUCCGGGAGUGGGCGGUGGAGUGGGCAGCGUGCCCGGCGCAGGGGGAGGCAGGGCCAGCAUAUCGCCGGCAGUGAGCAGUGGCUCCGGGCCCAGGCACGCGCCCUCGCCCUGUGGACCAGCGGGGCUCCUGCCGAAUCUGCCGCCCAGCAUGGCCGCCGCUCUGCACCACCAGCAACAGCAACAGGCUGCGCACCACCACAUGCAGCAGCUGCACCUGCAACAGCAACAGGCCCACUUGCACCACCAUCAGCAGCAGCAGCAGCAGCAGCACCAUCAGGGCGGCCAUCAGGUGGGCCACAAGUCCGGUUUCGGUGCCAGCUCCAGUUCCUCAGCCUCCUCCUCAAUGGGCCAGCACCAUCCGCCCAAGGCCAAGAGCAGCCCCUUGCGCAGCGAAACACCUCGGCUGCACUCCCCUCUCGGCGAUCUGGGCCUGGACAUGGCCAGCUACAAGCGCGAGUUCUCGCCCAGCCGCCUCUUCGCCGAGGAUCUGGCCGAGCUGGUGGGGGCCAGUGUUUCCUCUUCCUCAUCCUCGGCGGCCGCAGCAUCGGCUCCUCCAGAAAGAUCGGCGGGAGCAGCUUCCGCAGCCGCAGGCGCUGAUGCACCCAGUUCCUCGAGCAGUGGCGGCAUCAAAGUGGAGCCCAUCACCACCACUAGCGAGUGA